UCCACCUUGUCGAUAAUGAAAGACAACCCUCACGAGGUCACCCAGACCAUGGCAAACUAAACAAAAUUCGCCACUUUUUUGACCACCUCAACAAACGCUUUGCUGAUCUCUAUUAUCCAGAACAACAACUGGCCGUGGAUGAGAGUAUGAUGCCAUUUCGUGGUUGCAUUGACUUCCGUCCCUAUCUUCCAUCCAAACCAAUUCGCUAGGGAAUGAAACUCUACUUCUGCUGUGAAUCGUUGUCUGGUUAUGUCCUCAAAAUAAAAUUCUAUUCAGGGGCGAACACAACUGGACCAGAGCGAGGACACGAAGAACAGAUUGUGCGUGACGUGAUUGAACAAUACCAGGAUGUUGGUCAUACUGUAUAUAUGGACUCUUAUUUUUCUACUCAUCAACUCUUUUCCGACCUUCUGUCACUGCAGACAACAGCCUGUGGGACUGUAAGGCAGGACAGGAGAGGGCUCCCCAAACACAUAACAAAGAAAGAACUGAGGCUACAGAAAGGUGAUGUGGUUGAGCGUGAUAAAGAAGAUAUUGUUGCUGUCAGGUACCAAGACAAAAGGGACAUUAUGCUCUUGUCCACCAUUCAUGAUGGCAGGGUAGUGGACACUGGUAGAAGGGACAAAAGGACAGAUGAACCCAUCCACAAGCCUAAUAUUGUACACCAGUACAACAGAUUUAUGAAAGGCGUUGACCUUAUCGAUAUGUAUCUGUCAUUUUAUAGCUUCAAUAGCAAAACUCUCAAAAGGUGGAAACGUGCGACCACACAUCUGAUCCACCUCGCCUGUAUUCAGGCACACAUCCUCUACAGAAAGUCAACGACAUCGGACUCUCCCUUCAGCUUAUGAGACUUUACGAUGCACCUCGUUAGCGGUCUCCUUGCUGAUGAGGCUUAAAAACAAACACAGCCCCCACCGCUGACUACAAUCGAGCGUCUCAGUCACAAGAGCAAUCUCCACUUCCCAGAACGUAUUCCCACUACAGAAAAGAAGCUCUGGCCAACCUGACAAUGUGUCUGUUGCAGCAGCAAGAAGGACAGUGGACGGAACAAAGAAACCAGAUAUCAACGCAAAGCCUGCAAAGUUACUCUCUGUAUUGAGCCUUGUUUUGAA